AUGACGUCUCCCGGUGGUCGUCAUAUCCCACCCGGUCUGCUGCCGGGGAAUCGAAGUGAAGACGGCGGUCUACAGAUCACGAAUAGCGGGUUGUACGGUGAUGGAUUCCAGAGCCAGUCGCCGAUAGAAAGCCCGGAUACGACCAGAGGCGGCGCUCCGUGGUCUGACAUCCCGCCGUCUGCUCCCAGCGAGUCUAAUGUCAAUCCAGAAGACCGAUCGCCCAGACAGCAGCCGGACAGCUAUCGAAGCCCGCCCGGUAGAACAAAGUCGCGCGAACGCCAUAAUAAAUCCAAUGGUCCCUCGAGCAGCAAGUCGCCGAGCGGUAAUACUAGAAUCUGUAGGGCGUGUGGAGAGCCUCUGCUGGGACAGUUUGUUCGUGCGCUAGGCGGUACAUUUCACUUGGAAUGUUUCCAAUGCAAAGACUGCGGAGAGAUUGUCGCAUCAAAGUUCUUCCCUGUAGAUUCUGGUGAUGGGACCUCCCAACACCCCCUUUGUGAACGUGACUACUUUCGACGAUUAAACCUAUUGUGUUUUGAAUGUGGAGGUGCCCUUAGAGGUUCCUACAUCACUGCGUUGGAGCACAAAUAUCACAUUGAACAUUUCACCUGUUCAGUUUGCCCUACCGUCUUCGGCGCUCAGGACAGUUAUUAUGAACAUGAAGGCAAGGUAUACUGCCACUACCACUACUCGACACAAUUCGCCCAACGGUGCAACGGGUGCCAAACUGCCAUCCUUAAACAGUUUGUCGAAAUUUUCCGCAACGGCCAAAACCAACAUUGGCACCCUGAGUGUUACAUGAUCCACAAAUUCUGGAAUGUGCGCCUGUCUCCGAGUGGGAAGCCGUUUGAACCGCCAGAGAUAGACAGGGACAUCAGCACCGAAGAACGUGAGAAAAUUCGCGAUGACGAGGAAAAGAUGGAGGAAAAAGUUUACCGCAUCUGGAGCGUACUCUCUGCCUUUGAGGAAUCUUCCGCCGCCUGCAUUUCUGAUAUGUUGCUACAUGUCAGCAACGGUGCAUAUAUUGAUGGAGUUAUUGUUGCUAAAAAGUUCAUUUUCCACGUCGAGGUCUUGUUCAAGGGCACCGAUCUGCUCGCGGCUCAAGUUUUGGCAUUGGGUGUAAAAGAAAUGGCAUAUGGCAGAGAAGCUAAGCUUCUUUGUAAGAAGGUUGUCUCGUUCUUUUCCUUACUUUCAAAGACACAGGAGACUGGUGUUCGGAAGCUUGGUGUUACACAGGAACUCCUUGCCCUGGUCACAGGGCUCGCACACUAUUUAAAGCUCCUCAUCCGCAUUGGUCUGCAGGGUUCCCUGAGGCUAGAGCGUGAAACAAAAUCUUCAGAGUCCCUCUAUACAUUCCUAGAGCUGACUUCAGACCUGGAAGAAGUGAACAAUAUUACAGCUAGUGAUUUAAACGCCGACACCUCACAGCUGGCCAACUCACAGUCUGAUUGCUGUGCAGCCUGCACUGAACCAAUUGAUGAUGAAUGUAUUGUCUUAGGGCGGAGGCAGUGGCAUAAGAAACCUCCUCACCUUGUCUGUGGUGCUUGUCAUGAUGACUUGACUCAGGAUCUUGACCGAGCCAGAUGGAGUGAGACGAACGAUCGGCCGUUCUGUGUGACUUGUGCGGUGCAGAGAGGCCAUGACCCCCAGGCUAUCGCUGGAUUUGAGCAUGUUACCAAGUUGCAGCAAUACAUCUUCCUCCUACGGGUGGCUCUUGCGAGACUCCUCUCUGUCCUGCGCUCGGGCGGUACACUACCACACACAUCGGAUGACCCUAACUUGAAACAAUACGAAGCAAAUGAUGGCCACCGAAUCCCUCCCCAGCAUGACCCCCAUCUCCCGCCUCAGCGCUCCAAUACCCGGUCAAUGUCCUACACUGGAGAGCCUAAGGAAGAAACGACACCCUCCUCCUUAGAGCAGACAGUUGGCGAAAUGAGAAGGCUACGAUCCACUAGAAACGAACGUGCCAUAUCCACCACAUUCAAAAAGGCUCGAACUUCACGCAUUAUUUCUGGCCCUGAAAGCAGCAGCGCUCAACCAGGUGCCCAAGGUGGAGCAAAUAACUCGCAAAACCAAAACUUCCAGAUCGUCGAAGAACGAGACGCUGAUGGCGAGCCUGUCGCAGACCUUACCUUUGGAAACCAGGAUGCGCUGACACUAGAUGACAUUCCGAGAAUCGUUGCUGCCGAACAGGCCAAGGAACAGCGUCCAAAUGCGUAUAAACAUGCUGGACAGAACCUCAUCGGCAGCGGUGGUCCAGCAGCCAAGCUUGUCAAUGGACAUCAACGAGGCGUAUCUAUGGACCAACUUGGCGCCAUGGAACGACCGAGAGCUAGGAAAUACUUUUCAGAGCUGUCUGCUUUGGAGUAUUUCAUCGUUCGACACGUUGCCGUGCUUUCUAUGGAGCCGUUGCUAGAAGGCAGCUUCAACCUAGAGGAACUCCUGGGCCUUAUCGAGCCACGCAAACCAACUAUCUGGAACAUAUUCAACCGCGCCUUCAAGAAUGACCCUCGCAAAGUGGGCAAAAAGAAGGGAGUCUUCGGCGUAGCCUUGGAGCAAAUCGUCGAAAAAGACGGUACUGAAUCGACUCAUGGUGUUGGACCAGGUACACUGCGGAUACCCACGUUUAUCGACGACGCUAUUUCUGCCAUGCGACAGAUGGACAUGUCUGUUGAGGGUGUGUUCCGUAAGAAUGGAAAUAUCAAGCGACUCAGGGAGACUGCUGAGCUUAUCGACACUAAAUACGAGGCGGCCGAUCUGGAUAAAGAAACCGCUGUUCAGGUCGCGGCCUUGAUGAAGAAGUUCCUUCGAGAGAUGCCUGAUCCGCUUCUCACAUUUAAGCUUCACGGCUUAUUUGUUAUUGCGCAAAAAAUAUCUGACCCUGUGAAGCGGAAACGGGUUCUUCAUCUGACGUGCUGUUUGCUGCCAAAGUCACAUCGAGACACAAUGGAAGUACUAUUUUCAUUCCUCAACUGGGCCUCGUCGUUCUGCCACAUUGAUGAUGAGACCGGUAGUAAGAUGGAUAUUCACAAUCUUGCUACCGUGAUGACUCCGAAUAUUCUUUACUCUAAUACAAAAGUGGCUGGCGUUGAUGACAGCUUUUUAGCUAUCGAGGCAGUCACCUCCUUAAUCGAGAACAACGAUGCCAUGUGCGAGGUGCCUGAAGAUCUUCUGUCCAUCCUCACGGACUCGACCCUUUUCAACGGCAGUGCCGAAAUCACUACCAAAGAAAUCCUCAAGCGAUAUGGGGCCUUGGGUAAACUGCCUGUACCCCAGAGGGCUCCAACUGUCGCAGAAACCAUUCCUGUGCGUUCUGGCUCUUCGAAAGGAAAUAAUUCUACAAUUGCCGCUCGUAUUGACACCGACCCAUCUCAAGCUACAGCCUGGCAGAUGCAGAGUUCUGUAAGACACGUCCAAGGCCCUCAGGACCCAAACGCUCAUUUCCCACCACCACCAAUCCGAAGUGAUAGCGGCGACAGCCACCAAAGCCAGGGCCAGGGCUAUAGUGGAAUCCCACCACAACAACCCCAUCAGCAACAUCUCACGCAACCGCAGCUAGCAUACCGCGGCCGCCCACCUGCUAUUUAG